AUGACGCCAUUUGAGGCUCUGUAUGGACGGAGAUAUAGGACUCCUUUGUGCUGGUAUGAGAAUGGAGAGGUCUCACCUGUGAUCGGAGUUGGAAGAGCUUUGAAAUCUCGGAAGCUAUCUCCUAAGUUCAUUGGGCUAUUCAAAGUGCUGAGUAGAAUUGGUCUUGCAGCUUACCGGAUAGUGUUGCCUCCAAAUCUCUCGAAUCUACACCCAGUAUUCCAUGUGUCACAACUCAAGCAGUAUGUGUCAGAUCCUUCCCAUGUGAUUGAUCUUGACUCGAUUCAAGUGAAAGAAGACUUGUCUUAUGACGUGUAUCCGACGAGGAUAACGGACCACCGUGUUAAAAAGCUGAGGGGCAAGGAGAUCUCAUUGGUGAAGGUGAUAUGA